AUGUGGGGAAAAUUUGUUUGUGAACAAUUUCACAAAGAAAUUCCCUUUAACAAAGGAGAGAUGAUAAUUGGAAGAAAGGCAUAUGAAUUUUUAUCUUCAAUAGUUAAAGUUAGUGUAAUCCAUUGUAUUAUUAAACGGAGUGAAUUACCAAAUUUAACAGUAACAACAAUAACAGAUAAAUCAACUAAUGGAACUUAUUUAAAUGGAGAACGUUUAGAGAAAAAUUUAGAAACUUAUUUAAGUUGUUUUGAUGAAAUAACAUUUCUUAACAAAAUAACACAACCUGAUUAUAUAACAUUUGAUUAUUAUGAUUCUACAAUAAUAGAUUUAAUUAAUAAACAAUGUUCGUUAUUUAAGAAAUAUCAAUUAGGAAAAUAUAUUGGAAAAGGGUCAUUUGGUGUUGUGAGAGAAAUAAUGGAAUUAGCAACAAAUACUAAAUUUGCAAUCAAAAUUAUUAACAAAGAGAAAGCAAAGAAUUCUCUUAAUCAAAUACACAGAGAAUGUAAUACUAUGAAAAAAAUUAAUCACCCUAAUUCCGUAAAAUUCAAAGAACUUUUUGAAACAAAUGAAAUGAUAUUUGUUAUUAUGGAAUUAAUAAAUGGAACAACAUUAGAAAAAGUAUUAAAAGAAAAUUCAUUAUCUCAUCAAGAAAAAAAUGAUAUUAUUAUUGAACUUCUUCAACUUCUCAAGUAUCUUCAUUCAAUUGAUAUUGUUCACAGAGACAUUAAACCAGAAAAUUUAAUGAUUACUCGAAUUAAAGAUGAAAUUCAUAUCAAGUUAAUUGAUUUUGGAUUUGGUAAAGAAUUAACAGGUACUAUCCAUGCUGCAACUUUAUGUGGUACUCCUUUAUAUGCUGCUCCUGAACUAUUUGAAGAUAAAAAAACAGGAUAUGAUGCAAGAAAAAUUGACAUAUGGAGUGCUGGUGUUAUAAUUUAUAUUAUCCUUACUGGAAGACAUCCUUUUUGUUCUAAUGACUACAAGAUUAAAGAACUUCUUGAUAAUAUUCAACAUAAUAGUUAUUCUUCAUUCCCUUGUUUCAAUCUCUUAACUGAUAGUCAACAACUUUUAUUAAAAGGCAUGUUUGAUUCUGAUGUAUCAAAACGUUUUUCUGCUUCAGAGUGUUUAGAAUGUCUUCAACGUAAAAGACAAAAAGAAAUAUCAGAUGUUUUUUGUUCUUCUAAAAAAGAUAUUAUUUAA